CUACAUGUCUUGAAAUGUACAGACCCGGAUCUGGAGAAUGAGAGGAUCCGGCACGUGAUAGGACCAGAUGGAUUCUGUGCCGAAAACGGGAGUGAGAUGGCAGUGAAGCAUUUUGUCCUCAUCCUGUUGAGGUCAAAAUGACACAAUGACAUUCUGAGACAAUUGAUGGUGUGUUGCUCAACUCCAAGCCCCACCUCUUCCAUUCAAUGGACUCUCCAUAAAUACCAGGGAUCUGGAGCUCACCCUUCAUCUGAUCUUGCAAGAGCUACUUCUCCUCCAUCAGAUCAUCCAACCAAACCCUCACCAUGAGGGCCAUUUUCCUUGCACUUGCGGUUCUUCUGCUGGUCGCUGUAGCCAUUGAAGCUACACCCAAAUGUGGUUACUGCCAUGGAGGCUGUGCCAAACAUUGCCCGUAUGGUGUGAAUGCCGCUUCGAACUGCGCUUGUCCUGGCCACAGCUAUGGAUAUCAUUGCUGCCACCUGCCACCAUCACGUCCACCUCCUCCUCCUCCACCACCACCGCCGCCUCCGCCUCCGCCUCCACCUCCUCCACCACCACCACCGCCACCUCCUCCUCCUCCACCACCACCACCACCUCCUCGUCCACACCAUAAAUAUCACUGGAGACCAACCCAUUACAAAGGUUGAAUGUCCCACAAACCCAUGUAGAGGGGUUGGGCAUGACAUCCAGCUCUCUUUGGUGCUUGGAAAAGAAAUACUUGUUUCCUCUUUUUAAAUAAUAAAAGGGUGGCACAGCCACAACAAUUUUCA